AUGCCCAUAAGAGACGCCAAAGACCAGGCCGCCGGCUUCACCAACCACAUCUCAAAAAUAGCCAUCAUCGGCGCCACCGGCCAAAUAGGCACCCACCUCACCGCCGCCCUCCUCGCCACCGGCAAGCACACCCUCACCGCCAUCACGCGGCCCACCAGCACGCGCCCCCUCCCCGCCGGCCUCCACGUCGCCCGCGUCGACUACACCUCGCCCUCCUCGGACCCGGCUCUCGUCGCCGCCCUCCGCGGCCAGCAAGCCCUCAUCAUCGCCCUCUCCGUCGCCGCGCCCCGCGACACCCUCCCGCGCCUCGUCCGCGCCGCGGCCGCGGCCGGGGUCUCGUACAUCCUGCCGAGCUGGUUCGGGCACGACCCGGUGAACGACGCGCUGUGUGCGGACAGCCUGCUCGCGGCGCGCCGCGACGAGAUCUGCGCGUUGGUCACCGAGCUGGGGGUUAGUCGGUACAUCCUGCUCGCGUGCAACUUCUGGUACGAGUUCAGCCUCGGCGGCGGGGCGGACAGGUUUGGGUUUGAUUUCAAGGAGCGGAGCUUGGUGCUGUUUGACCAGGGCGAGGUGCGGAUUAACACGAGUACGUGGGCGCAGUGCGGCAGGGCGGUCGCGGCGGUGUUGGGGUUGAAGGAGUAUCCGGAGGAUGAGAUGGAUGAGGGGGCGACGGUGGGCCGGUUCUGUGGGGAGGGGAGGGGGGUGUAUGUGAGUAGUUUCCGAGUGACGCAGCGGGAGAUGUGGGAGAGUGUGAUGAGGGUUACGGGGACGGCGGAGAAGGAGUGGAAGGUGAGCUAUGAGUCGGCUGAGAAGAGGUGGAGGGAGGGGAGGGCGGCGCUGGAGGCGGGGGAUCGGGCGGCGUUUACGAAGAUGUUGUAUAGUCGGAUGUUUGUGCCGAAUGGGAAGGGCGAUGGGGAUUACGAGAGUAGGAGGGGGCUGGAUAAUGAGGUCCUGGGGUUGCCGGUGGAGGAUUUGGAUGAGUGGACGGCUGUGGCGGUGGGGAUGGGGGAGAGGGGGGAGGUCGCUGGGUCGCAUUGA